GAGCGGCUCCGCGGUUCGGUUACCGCCUUUCGCAAACUCCUCUCUCUCUCUCCCUCUCUCCCUCCCUUCCCCAAUCAUCUCAUCACUACUGCGGUCAUAACGAGCUCGAGAGACGUGAGGGGGUCUGAAAUCAUUUCGCUCGUAUUUUGUUGUUUUAGGUACGUCAACCAGACAACUACAAGAUGAAGAGAGAGGGGAGGCAACAUGGCAUUGUGAGAAGCUCAACUAUCCUACCACAAGAGUUCAAUCCAACACGCAAGUCCAAAAUAGUCGAUUGUGUUGGUGCUUCUCCGACCACCAGAUUCUUCACCAAGGCACCAUCUAAACCCCACAACCACUCCAAGUGCACGAGCAAGUGUCGCACUGCAAGGUGUAAGGGCUGCCAUUCCAAUCCAAUGUCCAAGUCCAGGGACAAGGCCAAAGGUGCAUAUAAGCUAAAAUCUUGUGAUGUGGUGCUCAAUCACCAACUGGUGGCAUGGCGGGUGGUGAACAACAGCACAAGUUUGCCGAAUUAUAAAGUUGCUUCUGCAAGUGAGACUCUCAAUCAUUUAUAUGCCGAUAGUUUGUGUGAAGGAGAAGAUUAUGACAAUCAUAACAUGGAGGAAAAUCUAGAUUACGGCUAUGGAGAAGUUUCUCCCGAGACUAUUGACUUGGAGGUGGGAUGUAAGGGUGCCAAAGUUGAAGAGGUAGAGCCAUUUAGCCCUGACAGUGAUGAGGCUGGUGAUAUGAACUUUUAUGUGGUUGGGAUGUCCUGGGAUUAUUCAGAUGGAGAAUGGCUAGUGGUAGGGGAGAUAUGAAACUUCACUGAAGCAAUUCAAACAGAGAGGAGGUUCUUACCUUGUGUAUUCUUCUCCCCUUUUGCUUGCUCAGAACUAGUGUUCAGGACACAUAUUUCUGGACAAACACUAUCGCUGUAAUGUGUAUCUUCUGUUGGUAAAACUGAAGCAAUCUGCCAUCAAAGUUAAUAAUUCAGAGAAAACUUAUCUC